CAUAGUGUGAGGAGUGGAGAUUUGGCAACGUUGCGCGGCGGUGUCAUGGCGGCUGGUAGAGUGCAUGCAAAGGCCUUUCUUUUCUAGCCUCGUCCUCCCCCAUGGCGGCCUUCCCACGGCGCCGAUGACUCCCCGGAGGUGCGGCAGAGAGGCGUGAAGACCCUGGCGAGCAAGCGUCUGUAGGGUGAUGUUACCCCUGGAGACGGGGGUGGAAGACAGCAGCAGAGAUUGGGCGGAUAGCGAGCAAACACGCCCUUAAAAUACCCGCGACUGGGAAAAACGGCUGCCCAGGGAGUCGGGACCGCGGCGGAAGGAGGUCCAACAAGCCACCUGGAGGAGGGGCAGGAGGAGGAGCCCCCCCCCUGGCCCCCCCACCGCAGAGCCCCCCCCAGACCCAGCCCUCCCGCCCCCCCCCACCGCCCCUCCAGCCCAGUAUGAAUCACGUUACGCAGGAGGAGGCGCCGCCCCCCCCACCCACCUCCGACAAGGACCUCCUGGAGCUGAUGGACACACAGGAGGAGGAAGUGUGUGAGGAGGGCGGAGGGGAUGGAGGAGGAGGAGGAGGAGGAGGAGGAGGCGGAGGAGGAGGAGGAGGUGGAGGCGGCGGCGAGGAUGGCGGAGGAGGCGACGGAAGAGGAGGAGGAGGAGUGCCGUUAGCGGAAGGAGGAGAGGAGGAGCAGAUGAAUGGAGACACACAGGAGGUCUCAUCCACCACAGCGAUCGACAGUGAUGUGGAGGAAGAUGACGCGCGCUCCGAGGCCACGUUCCAGUUCCACGUCAAGGACUUUAGCAAACUGAAGGACACACUGCUUUCCCCGCCAUGCUCGGUCCGCAGCCUGCCCUGGAAGAUCAUGGUCAUGCCUCGGACAAGCUCGGCACAGGACCGCUCCCCACAGAGGUGCCUUGGGUUCUUCCUGCAGUGCAACGGGCAGUCACAAUCCACAUCUUGGUCCUGUAACGCUGUGGCUGACCUGCGGCUGCUCUCGGUCAAGGAGGGGCAGGAGCCUUUCACCAGGAAGAUCCAGCACCUCUUCUUCAGCAAGGAAAACGAUUGGGGCUUUUCAAACUUCAUGGCUUGGAAUGAUGUUCUUGACCCAGAGAAGGGCUACAUUAAGGAUGACGCCAUUACCCUGGAGGUCUGGGUUGCAGCAGAUGCCCCGCACGGAGUCUCCUGGGACAGCAAAAGGCACACUGGUUAUGUUGGCCUCAAGAACCAGGGAGCUACUUGCUACAUGAACUCACUCCUGCAAGUCCUGUACUUCACAACGCAGCUCAGAAUGGCCGUGUACAAGAUGCCCACGGAGAGUGACGACAGCACGAAGAGUGUGGCGUUGGCACUGCAGAGGGUUUUCCACGAGCUGCAGACGAGCGACCGGCCAGUGGGCACGAAGAAGCUUACCAAGUCCUUCGGCUGGGAGACCCUGGACUCCUUCAUGCAACACGAUGCGCAGGAGUUCCUCAGGGUGCUGCUGGACAAACUGGAGACCAAGAUGAAGGGAACCUGCGUGGAGGGCGUCAUACCAAGGCUGUUUGAGGGCAAGACUGUGUCGUACUUCAAAUGCAAGCACGUUGACUACACCUCCUCCAGAACCGAGACUUUCUACGACAUCCAACUGAAUAUCAAGGGCAAGAAGGAUAUUUAUGAGUCGUUCAAGGACUACAUCAGCGUGGAGACUUUAGACGGCGACAACAAGUACGACGCGGGUGAACACGGCUUGCAGGAGGCGGAGAAGGGCGUCAUCUUCCAGAGCUUUCCCCCCGUCCUGCAUCUACACCUCAUGCGCUUCCAGUACGAUCCCAUCACGGACUCCAAUGUAAAGAUUAACGACAGGUAUGAGUUCCCGGAGAAGCUCAAUAUGGACCAGUUUCUUCAGAAGCCCGAGGCCACCCCCGCCACCUACAUCCUCCACGCUGUCCUCGUCCACUCCGGCGACAACCACGGUGGACAUUACGUCGUGUUCAUCAACCCAAAAGGCGACGGACGGUGGUGUAAGUUCGACGACGACGUGGUGUCCCGCUGCUCGAAGAUGGAGGCAAUCCACUACAACUUCGGCGGACACGAGGAUGACCUGAGUCUCACCGUCAAGCACUGUACAAACGCCUACAUGCUGGUUUACAUCCGGGAGUCAUCGCUGCGUACCAUCCUGCAGCCGGUCACAGAAAAGGACAUCCCGCAGGAGUUGAUCGACCGCCUGCACGAGGAGAAGCGUGUGGAGUUGAUUCGGCGGAAGGAACGGACGGAGGCGCAUUUGUAUAUGAGUGUGCAGGUCAUUCUGGAGGACGCAUUCUUGGGCCACCAGGGGAAUGACCUCUAUGACCCUGACAAAGCGCGUUACCACAUGUUCCGGGUCAAGAAGAAUGCCACACUGCAGGACUUCAUGGAGCAGGUCGCUGAGAGCCUUAAAUACCCCAUAGAGCAGAUCAGACCGUGGCCUUUCAACCUGAGGACCAACAAGACCAACAGACCCACUCUUCUGGACCUCAACACUGAACUACACAAGCCCAUCGUGGAUAUCAGCGAGAACAUCAACCCCUGGACGGUGUUUAUAGAGACGGUGCCACCAGACUCAGGCCUCAAAAUGCUCACCUCAUUCGACAAGGACUCGGAUGUUCUCCUCUUCUUCAAAUACUACGACCCCAGACUCAAGCGCCUUCACUAUUGCGGACACCACUACAUGAAUAUAUGUUUCAACGUCCAGGAGGAGUUGGUGCCCCUCCUCAACGAGCGCGCCGGGCUGCCACAGGGUACAGAGCUGGUCUUGUAUGAGGAGAUCAUGCCCAACCAAGCCGAACGCCUCGCCGACCUGGACCGCCCGCUGGAGAAGGUCCUGGAUGAGUUGAUGGACGGCGACAUCAUAGUGUUCCAGCGCGAGGACCUCCACGACGAUCACAGCCUGGCCCGGCCGCCUAGGAGACUACUACUUUGGGGUGGGAGGUACAGGGUGAGGGUUACUUUCUGUGAUAAGAUGGUCCCUAAUGAUCCCGGGUUCACCAUGGAGUUAUCCCAGCAAAUGAAUUACGACCAGGUGUCCCGAGAGGUGGCCCAGCGCCUUGACACCGACCCCUACCUGCUGCAGUUCUUCAAGGCGCUCAGCCAUCGUGACGGGGUGGGCAACGCUGUGAGAUGUACCUUCGAUGGCAGCCUGAAGGACAUGCUGGUGAUCGCUAAGCCGCGUCACCCUAAGAAGAUUUACUACCAGCAGCUCAGCAUCAGGAUCAAUGAGCUGGAGAACAAGAGGCAGUUUAAGUGCAUGUGGCUGGGCGAGAGGAUGAAGGAGGAGGUGGAGCUGGUGCUGUACCCCAACAAGAAUGGCACAGUGGCGGACCUGCUCAAUGAAGUACAGAAGCAGGUCACCCUCUCGGAGAAUGGCGCCAGCAAACUAAGGCUGGAGGAGAUCUCAUCGUACAGAAUACUUGGCACAUUACCGGAGUCCACCAGCCUGGAGCGCAUCACCACGGGGGCCACCAAGACCUUCAGAGUGGAGGAGAUACCCAGCGAGGAGAUUCCGGAGGGGGAGGACGAGAUGCUGGUGCCUGUCGCCCACUUCUACAAGGAAACGUACUCCACCUUCGGCAUGCCCUUCUUGUUCAAGGUGAAGCAAGGGGAGCCGUUCUCUGCCAUCAAGGAGAGGCUGCAGAAGAGGCUGGAGGUGCCGGACAAGGAGUUUGAGAAGUAUCGGUUCGCCAUCGUCUCCAUGUCAAGACAGACUUUCCUCUCCGACGAUGACGUAAUCAACCUCCAGGACUUCAAACCACACCCCAACCAAGUUGCGUCGCUGGUUAAGCCGUGGCUGGGGCUGGAGCAUCUCAACAAGGGUCCCAAGCGGUCCCGUUACACCUAUCUGGAGAAGGCCAUCAAGAUAUACAACUGAGGGCCAUGUGUACUGUCAAGCCACACCCGACACACACCCGCAGAAGCAUAGACCCGACAGAGGAUAGACCGGGAAGUUGUACCUGGUUCAUGCCUGUCACACACCUGCAAGUCACCUGAGAGAGAGCGUGCGAUGUAGAGGGCGAUUGAACACACCUGACACCUUACACCCGAGAAUGUUGUACCUGGUUCACACGCCCGUCACACACCCGGUAGCGAGCUCACGUGACGGAAUGCUAGACGUAAUGCAAGAUACACCUGUCCGAGAGAUGUUAAGAAGGGCAACCGUAUAUACCUGACUUAGAAUACACUUUGCGAUGCACA